AGUUUUGUUAAUGACAUUAAAGACACCUACCAGUAUACUUUGUUUUAUUUGUCUUUCCAGUGCAGAUGCCUGGUCAAAAUUUCCAGCUCAAUAAUCCAUAAUCCAUAGAUUCCCCUAAUAUAGACUAAAACCUCGAGAAAUUCUUUCCCUCGCCUGGUUAGAGAAUAUAAAAUCUGGGUGCCAAGCAUUUUCCUCUACUUUGCUGCCAAAAAGAGAAAUGCACAAAGAAAAGAAGCAGGUCCCCACUUCAUUCCUUGCUCUCCUUUGACCCUUAAUUUUACCCUUUUUUAGCGAAUGACAAGCGAUCUCUUCCCUUGGUACCAAGUAAAAAAGUAGCAACUUGUUAAACAUUUCAUUCCCAAGCAGCUGAUAUGUAAUAAAUAUGAUGGAAUAUGGACAGUUUCAGCUUCCUUAGAGUCAUUGCUUGAGCACAUAUUCUCACUUUAUUAAAAAGCCAUUCCUGUUUUUCCAUCUUCAUAUAUAUACAAGGAAAACUUCAGUACUGAGAAGGAGAAAGAAACAUCAUCAGAGUUGAGAUUUCAGUCUUAGUCUGUGAAAGGGGAGAUGUUGAAGCAGAAUUUCAAGGUCUGCCUGUGUUGGAAGAGAAUAUUCAAGGCAAGGGCAGUUGAGCCACCUCUAGAUGUCAAGAAUGCGUUUUACCGUUAUUCACGAAGCGGAAUGAUGACAGUUGAUGAGCUGCUGAGGUUUCUGAUUGAACAUCAAGGAGAAAUGAAUGCCACCAAGGAGGAUGCUCAGGCCAUUUUUGAUAGCCUCAAGCAUCUCAACAUCUUCCACAGGAGAGGUCUCCAUUUAGAAGCCUUCUUUAGAUAUCUCCUUGGUGAUCAUAACCUUGCUCACCCUCCUCAAAAGGUGCAUCAUGACAUGAAUGCUUCAUUGGCACAUUAUUUCUUAUUUACGGGCCAUAACUCCUACUUGACUGGGAACCAAGUCAGCAGUGCCAGCAGUGUUGUACCAAUUAAAAAUGCCCUGCUUAGAGGUGUAAGAGUAAUUGAAUUGGAUCUUUGGCCAAAUUCCAAGGGAAACGAUGUGGAAGUUCGUCAUGGCGGGACUCUCACUUCUCCUGUGGACCUCCAAAAAUGUUUGCAAGCAAUUAAGGAGAAUGCAUUUCAUGCUUCGGAAUAUCCCGUUGUGAUCACUUUUGAAGACCACUUAAAUCAAAAUCUUCAGAAGAAAGUGGCUAAGAUGGUCACAGAAACUUUUGGAGAAAUGCUCUACUGCACUGAAACAGAAAUUUUAGAGCAAUUUCCUUCACCGGAAUUAUUGAAGAGAAGGGUUCUGAUUUCAACCAAACCCCCAAAGGAGUACCUCGAAGGAAAUACUGCAGGAGAAGAAGUUUCAGAAAAUGAGAGUAGAACAGUAAGAAAUGAACGUCAAGCUAGUAGCCCGCGGAAUCCAUCAGAUAUAGGAGAACAUGUUCCGGAUGAAGAUGAGGAGAAGGCUGUGCCUCAAUACAGGCAACUAAUUGCCAUACAUGCAGGGAAGCUGAAAGGUGGAUUAGAAAACUGGCUGAGUGAUGAUCCUAAGAAAGUUAGACGGCUUAGCUUGAGUGAACAAGAGCUUGAAAAUGCUACUAGAACACAUGGAACUAAAAUUGUCGGGUUUACUCAGCGGAAUUUGUUGAGGGUAUUUCCUAAGGGCACACGCCUUGACUCUUCUAAUUACAAUCCUUUUGUUGGAUGGAUGCAUGGAGCUCAAAUGGUUGCAUUUAACAUGCAGGGACAUGGAAAGCACCUCUGGAUAAUGCAAGGAAUGUUUAAAGCCAAUGGUGGAUGCGGCUAUGUGAAAAAACCUGACUUUUUAUUGCAGAGGGGUCCAAAUGAUGAAGUUUUUAAUCCUAAUGCGCCAUUGGACGUCAAGACUGUUAUGACGGUAAAAGUUUUCCUGGGGGAAGGUUGGCACCAGGAUUUCCCCCACACAGCCUUUGAUCGCUAUUCCCCACCUGACUUCUAUACAAGAAUUGGAAUAGCUGGCGCUCGAGCAGAUCGCGAUAUAAGGGAAACAGCAAAAAUAGAAGAUGAGUGGUUACCUGUAUGGAACGAGGAGUUUGAAUUCAUCUUAAGAGUUCCUGAAUUAGCUGUGCUUCGGAUUGAAGUCCUUGAGUAUGACACCACAGGGAAACCUGAUUUCGGAGGCCAAGCAUGUUUGCCUGUAUCAGAGUUGAGAACCGGGAUCCGGACAGUUCCGUUACAUGACAAAAAAGGCAAUAGGUACAAGCAUGCAAGGCUUCUAUUGAGCAUCAAAUUUGGGCUCCCUUAUGAUAUCUGACUGCUGAGAUUUGUUUGAUGUUGUAAUGGAACUCGUACUCGUACAUUGCAUGCCUAAACAUUGGUCAAUCAAAUUGCUCAGUCUAUUAUACAUCACCACCGGCUUGGUUUCAAUUGGUCAAUGAAGUUGUCUUUCUUCUCUCUCUCAAUGAAAAGAAGUUAAUCAAGUAGUCCUUCUUUGACUCCUGGUUAGCAGUAGCUCACUAUAAUAAUAUGUUUCUACUUUUGUAUGAGGCUGGCAUUAGCAGGCUAGCUUGAUUUGUGAGGAUUCUCAUCACUAAAGAAAGAAAAAACUUUCUAUAACAACUUAAAAUCAAAAGUAGUCAAAAUAAAUUCUUUGCA